UAAAACGCCUAGUAGAUGUGCUAUAAACUUACUUUCCCUCUGUGCUCAGCUCUGCUCGAAGCGUGCGCUGGAUUGUUGCGAUUUGCUUGCUUUUGGUAACGUUAGAGAUUUGAGUUUUAUAUGAGAGAUGUCUGCGAUUAUCAGAAAGAUCAUUCACACAGCAGCUGCUCCAGGUGCGAUCGGACCCUACAGCCAGGCUGUGGUGGUGGAUCGCACAAUGUAUAUCUCAGGACAGCUGGGCAUGGAUGUAGCAUCAGGGCAGCUGGUGACAGGAGGGGUACAGGCCCAGACCAAACAGGCACUUAUUAACAUGGGGGAGAUUCUAAAAGCUGCAGGAUGUGGAUAUGAAAAUGUUGUGAAGACAACGGUUCUGCUGGCAGACAUGAAUGACUUCAAUAGUGUCAAUGAUGUUUACAAGCAGUUUUUUAGCCGCAAUUUCCCAGCCAGAGCUGCCUAUCAAGUAGCCGCCCUGCCCCGAAGUGGACUUGUUGAGAUUGAAGCAGUCGCUGUGUUGGGACCCAUCACUGAUUCCUCCUGACUAUCUGACCACAGCAUACAGCACAAACUGUAAAUAUAGCUUAAUGGAGACAAACCAUAAAACAAAUUAGAACAGAAACUACACCUAAAAGCUCUUACUACGUGUUUGUGCUUGAAUACAAGCAGGAAUCAAGAAUAAAAAGGUGUAAUAUUCCAGUGGUCUUAUAAAUAUGACAUAGAUAUCAUCCUAGAUAACAAAGUGAAUUUAAUGUUUAGCUGUCAUAGUCAUGCAAUCUAGAAUAUCACCAUUUCUGAAUUUGAACUUCAAUUUGAAUUUUAAUCUCUUACAAAUACAACUUUAUCACAUCAGACUUAACCACACCAAAAACAUUUCAUAAUUUUCAGUUCAGUUCUAUCGACUGUCAUGUUUGUUACAAGAAAGUUUUAACAUUCUACAAGUAAACAAAAUAAAG